AUGAGAGAAGCUGGACCUGUGAGUGUAGAAGCUCAACCUUCAAGGCUAAACCCGCUCAGUAUCUCCAGUUACAACUUCUACUCUAAGUUGGGAGCAGGAGGAUAUGGCAAAGUAAUGCUGGCUUCGUUAGGAGACAGGAGGCCAUAUGUGGCUGUAAAAUCUGUCGGCAAACGAGAGCUCCCAGAUUACAGCAGCCUUCUCUCAGAGUCUCAAGUGCUGAACAUCGGCAGACACAGCCCAUUUCUUUGCCAAGGCUUUGCCGCUUUUCAAACCCAGUGGCAUGCCUUCUUUGUAAUGGAGUACCUGAGUGGGGGAAGCCUUGAGGAUGAGCUGAAGCGACACGGGACGCUGCCCAUAGAGAGAGUACGGUUCCACUCUGCGGAGAUGAUUUGCGGCCUACAAUACCUGCACGGCCUCGGGAUUAUCCAUCGAGACAUCAAACCCAUGAAUGUUCUAUUGGACCAUCAAGGACACGUUAAAAUCUGUGACUUUGGCCUGGCAAAGCAAAGCAUCUUUGAUGGUGACCUAACAACUGGCCGGGCCGGAACCAUAGAAUACAUGGCGCCAGAGAUGCUGAACAGAAAAACAUACAAUGCAGCAGUAGACUGGUGGUCAUUAGGCAUCACCAUCUGCAAAAUAACCACUGGAAUGUCACCGUUUCACAACAGCGAGAACAUGGAUCAGCUCAUUUGUUCCAUCAAAAACCAUGAACCCAAUAUACCCGACUGGCUGGAUGAAGAUCUAAAACAUCUUCUGGGGCAGCUACUAGAAAAGAAUCGGAAGCAACGCCUUGGUGUUCGAGGAAACAUCAGAUGCCACCCAUUCUACAAAGCUAUCGAUUGGGCGGCACUGGAAGAGGAAAGAUUACAACCCCCUUACCAGCCGAGAACACCAUCACCAGACCUAUUCCAGCCGUGUAAAGAGAAGCUGUCAUUCCUGGAGUACAAGGAGGAUGAAGGAACAUCAGGGGGCAGUGACACCAUUGCCGGCUUCUCAUUUCAAAGUUCCACCUGGCUGACGUAAGUAUGUGUAGGUGUUUAAUCCAGCCAAUAAAAACAAUUUCCUAUUCCAUCAGCACAGGUUUUAUGGGACAAUGGACAUGAUUGUGGGCUGCAAGAACUUUUCCGCUUGCUGCAUGAAGGCCAGAUCAUCUCUUGCGAUUCCUGCUUCAACCAUCGGCUCCACCUUCACCUGGGAUUCCAUCUUCCAGGGUAUGAGACUGUUGGGUAACAUCAGGCCUAGAAUUAUGAGGGGCAGUCACUCAUUUGGCACAUCACACGUAAGUAUAGGUGGGUAUCUUUAUGUGAGCGAAUGUGUGAGUGAACGUGAGAUAUGAAAGGAUAAGGGUGUAACAGAAGGCAAAGCAGAGUCUAAGAUCACAGCCUGCUUUGUCUUCCUGCACAUCAUGUCUAUGGAACCAAUACCCUGUUAGUUAUUUAUAUAGUUCUAAAGUUCUCAUAGUUGGGUAGAAAUCCAGAUCAAGGGUUUUUUCCAUCUGAAGUAAGAUGUUUUUUUUUUUUUUUUACCUUGUCCUGGAAGUUAGUUAUUUAUAUAGCUCUAUAGUACUCAUAGUUGUGUAGAAAUCCAGAUCAAGGGUUUUUUCCCAUCUGAAGUAAGAUGGGGUUUUUUACCUUGUCCUGGUAGUUUUGAUGUUAAAUGAGCAAAGGGUGGGACAUAGACAUGUGCAGUUUAAGCCUCGUUUGUUGUCUUUGUUUGUCACGU